UGGGCGGGGCCCCUGGCGCGCGGGGCGUUGUGGGAUCGGCGGGGCGAGGCCGGCGCUGCGGCUGAGAGUCGGGCGGGGAGGUGUCGUUGCCGCCGGCGUCAUGGGCAAUUGCCACACGGUGGGGCCCAACGAGGCGCUGGUGGUGUCAGGUGGCUGCUGUGGCUCCGAUCUCAAGCAGUAUGUGUUCGGAGGCUGGGCCUGGGCUUGGUGGUGCAUUUCUGACACACAAAGGAUUUCCCUAGAGAUAAUGACGUUACAGCCCAGGUGCGAGGACGUAGAGACGGCGGAGGGGGUAGCUUUAACUGUCACAGGUGUGGCACAGGUGAAAAUAAUGACAGAGAGAGAGCUUCUGGCUGUGGCCUGUGAGCAGUUCUUGGGGAAGAACGUCCAAGACAUUAAGAACGUGGUCCUUCAAACGCUGGAGGGGCAUCUGCGAUCCAUCCUAGGCACCCUGACAGUGGAGCAGAUCUAUCAGGACCGGGAUCAGUUUGCCAAGCUAGUGCGGGAGGUGGCAGCUCCAGAUGUGGGCCGCAUGGGCAUCGAGAUCCUGAGCUUUACCAUCAAGGAUGUGUACGAUAAGGUGGAAUAUCUGAGCUCUCUGGGGAAGACUCAGACAGCCGUUGUUCAGAGAGAUGCCGACAUUGGCGUGGCAGAGGCUGAGCGAGACGCUGGCAUUCGGGAGUCGGAGUGCAAGAGGGAAAUGCUGGACAUCAAGUUCAUGUCAGACACUAAAACGGCCGAUUCCAAACGGGCCUUUGAGAUGCAGAAAGCCGCCUUCAGCCAGGAGAUUAACAUUAAGACUGCCGAGGCCCAGCUGGCCUACGAGCUGCAGGGUGCCCGGGAGCAGCAGAAGAUCCGCCAGGAGGAGAUCGAGAUCGAGGUGGUGCAGCGCAGGAAGCAGAUUGACGUUGAGGAGAAAGAGAUCAUCCGGAUGGACAAGGAGCUGACCGCCACCAUCAAGCGUCCGGCAGAGGCCGAGGCGCACCGCAUGCAGCAGAUCGCCGAGGGCGAGAAGGUGAAGCAGGUUCUCAUUGCGCAGGCCGAAGCAGAGAAGAUCCGCAAGAUUGGCGAGGCAGAGGCCUCCGUCAUCGAAGCCAUCGGGAAAGCAGAGGCAGAGAAAAUGAAGCUGAAGGCAGAGGCUUACCAGCAGUACGGCGACGCGGCCAAGAUGGCUCUGGUGCUGGAUGCUCUGCCCCAGAUCGCUGCCAAGGUGGCCGCUCCGCUGGCUAAAGUGGACGAGAUUGUUAUUCUCAGCGGGGACAAUAACAAGGUGACGUCCGAGCUGAGCCGUCUGCUGGCUGAGAUCCCUGCGUCUGUGCAUGCCCUCACUGGCGUCGAUCUGUCCAAGAUCCCCCUGAUCCAGAAAGCCACGGGAGCCCAGGCAUGAGGCUGGCCAGUCCAAAGCUAGUGAAGACAACCCCUGUUAUGCACUCUUACAUCAACUGCCUUUAACACUUGGGAAAUCCUUUUAUAUCAAAGACAAUUGGAAGUUCAUUUUUAAGCUCUGGUGCCUUAUUUUGUAGGACCAGAAUGAUGCAUGUUAAAUUGGUCUUCUUUUCUUAAGGGGAAUUUAUUUUGUAAGUUUAAUUGUGUGUUGUAUUAGUCUGGAGUGUCGAUUUGAAUCCUCGGUUAUAAUUGGCAGCUUGUCUGGUCUUGCAAUCUUGGUGCCUUGAAGUUCUUUGUCCUCUGUUUGGAGCUCAGGGGCAGAGAGGCCGAGAGGGGUGAGCUGGAAGCCCGGGGGCUCAGGGAGCAUCCAGUGGGGCAGUGAGGAGUGUAGAUGGAGGGGCUUGCAAACUUCUUCCUUAGGGCAGAAGCCUGUUUCUGCAGCGCUCCCAGUGCGUGGAGCUGCUGGAAGAGAAUCCUGAGCAGGACGUCCUCUUGUCUGCCCGAGUUACAAAUGUGAUCUAGCAAGUCCCACAUCCUUGCACUCACAACUGCUUUUUUGGUCACCCGCUGGCUGGCCUCCCCUGUACACUACCCCCAGGGCACGCAGAGUCUAGCAAGACUGCACUGAGCCAAGUCCCAGGACCACGCUGAUUCUGAAGGGCCCAGUCUAGGCUGGGGGUUGAGAGAGGAGCCCGCCCUCCGACGACGACUUAGGCAAUGCAGGAGUCCUGCCAGCCUGCCGAGAUCUGCCCAGCCUGUGGCCAUGCCAUGCUGCAGCCCGGGGGCCGCGGUUCCUCUACUGCUUGAUUCAGUCUCAGAACGUAGCUGCUGAGGGGGCUACAGUGACGUUCUCUCGGCAGAUCUCCGCUCAGGGCCUGCCAGAGCCUUGGGGCCAAGUUCGGGAUGAGCACUGCCCUGGGAGCGCCCCUUGCUCUCCUGGCUGUUGUCUGCGGCGCACAGUGGCGUGGCUAGUACAGGUGCUCUGGAGACAGGCUCUCUGGGGUGCGUCCAGCAGCUGCCCGCGCCAGUGAGGAAACUGCUUGCAGCCCCACCAGAUUGAGUCUGUCAGUCAGCAGCAUGAAGCCAGCCUCCUGUCCCAGGUGCGUUGCAGACCCGGCCCUGACACUGGGAGAAGAAACUGCUCCUGGGGAAGCCAGCUACUGUUAUGGAAGGGCCACGGGAGUCAUGGCUCUGUUGGCUCCCUUUUGUACACAGCCUCCCGACGGCUUCUCUCGGCAGCGUUACCAGCCCUGCUAGCGCUCAGCCAGCAAGGCCCCGCCCGGGCAGUGUAGCCUCUUGGCUUCCUUCGGCUGGGCCGCUGAGGUGCAGCCUGCAGAGGCGUUGGGUUGCGGAGUGCUUGAUCUGGCUGGAGCUGUGCAUGGUGAGGCUGGGGAGUAGCCAGGGUGCCGGUGUCCCCCUGACCCUGACAGGGCAGUUGUUCAAAUGCCAAGGAGGGAUCUGGGUGUGGUGUAAUCCCUCGCCCAGGUGGGGGGUCCCGGGGCUGUAAUCCAAACGCCACCUGAUUGUUGUUUAAUUUUGAUGAACACGUGGCCCAGAGUCCUAGCUCCAUCUCCCGCGCUCUCCCUGCCACUCCCCCCAGUGUGAGGUGCCACCCGCGUCCAUAGCUGUUGUCAUCCUGGGCUGUGUAGCAAUGUGAAAUGAGGCUGUGUAGCAACCUUUCCUGUCCCUCGGUGUGACUGAUCCCGCUGCUGUAGGUGCCAUGCUGUGCCAGCGGGCACUCUGCUGCUGCCAAAGUACCUUCUCCUGCCAGUGGUAGCCAAGGCUUUCCUCUUUGUAUCUGUUGCGGUGCCCUCUCCUCUUCCCCUGGCGGUUUGUCCAGCUCAGGGUGGGCAUAGGGGUGUGUGGGUCGAUCCCCCAGCAGGAGGGCCACACGCUAGGGUUCCCGGUGCUGUUUGACCUGCCUUGGGCUUGUCUCGGUUGUUUUACAGACUGCUUUCCGCGCUCAAGGGGGUGCAGUAGUGCCCAGUGCGUAUUGAGUGCUGUGUGAAAUCCCUCAGGGGCAGGGCUGAGGCCAGAGCCUGUACGGGACGGUGUGCUGGACUGA